AUGGCGCGGCGGGGCCGGGCCGGGCCGGACUGGGAGGGGAGGAGAGCGGCGGAAGCUCCGCUCACAGCCCCGCUACCGCCGCCGCUGCGCUCCCCACCCGUCCGCACCGCCCGCCGACCGCCGCCAUCUUGGCUCCGAGCGCGGCCGGAGCGGGCCGGGCGCAUCCCCCCCAGCCCCCCCAGUGGCUCCUCCUGCGGCCCCUCCCGCUUCUCCCAUCCGUACUUAACUGGGAGCGGGACUGGGAGCGGCAGCAGCGAGCUGGGCACGGAGCGGCGGCGACCCCCGGGACUCGUCCACGACAUCCCCUCCCCAGCGCAGCCCCCCGGUGCCGCCCCCGCCAUGAGAGCCCAGUUGGCGCUGGGCUGUUGCGUCAGCUUCGUACUGGGAAUGCUGGAGCUGCCCCGCGGCGCCCGCGCCAGGGACCCUUCGGAGCAGGCACCUCCCCUGCCCUCGCUCCUUGAAGACCACCCUGGAGCAGUGCCAGCCGCCCUGGCACGACCCACGGGCAGCCCGUGGCGCAGGCUGAUCAUCCCAAAGCCGGCACCUCAGCUCGGUGCCCACCUGGCACUCCAGGACAAGCUGCUCACCCCGAAGCUGGCACCUCAGCACAGACUGUUUGCCCCGAGGCUUUCUCCCGGCCACGGUGCCCACCUGGCACCCUGGCAGAGACUGCUCUCUCCAGAGAUGGCACCUCAGCUUGUUGCCCGCUUGGCACCCCAGCACAAGCAGCUCACUUCCAAGUUUGCCCCAUGGCAUAGACUGCCCACCCCGAAGCUGGCAUCUUGGCUUGGUGCCCGGUUGGCGCCCCAGGAUAACCUGCUGCCCCCGAGGCUGGCACCUCACCUCGGUGCCCACCUGGCACCCCAGCACAAACCGCUCAUCCCAAAGCUGGCACCCCACCCCGGUGCCCGCCUCGGUGCCCGCCUCGGUGCCCGCCGUUCCGCCCCCCUGGCUGCGCCCCGCGGUGCCCGUAGCCGGCGGCACGCCGGAGGGCACCUGGUGCGGGUGGGCUGCGUGCUGGGCACGUGCCAGGUGCAGAACCUGAGCCACCGCCUGUGGCAGCUGAUGGGGCACCCCGGGCACCGCGACCUGGCCCCCGUCAACCCCAACAGCCCCCACAGCUACGGCUGA